CUGUGUUUCUCCUCCUGGAUCCUGAUACGUGGCUGUUCGGGGGAAGCCGCGGUGGCCGGGACCAGCUACUGGGGCGCUGCAGCGACCGGAUCCUGUCCGCAGCAGCUGGAGCGCGGAGCAGCUCAGCGGAAGCCUGCCUCCAUCAAGCCGGCCUGGAUGGCAGGGACACACUGGUGCACAGACUGCCGAAAUCACAAGCAUUACUGGCUGCAAGUGCUCUUUGGACCGUGGGACGGAUGAACGGUGGACGCUGUCGGAGGCCCAGCUGGGCUGUAGCUGCUCUGUUUAUCCCCGUUACCCUGCUGAUGUUGACCUCCAGAGGGGGAUCAAGCAGCCACAAGAUGACACAAACGGCGAUGGCUCAUGCGACAGCCGCGGCUGCGGGACCAGGCCCCGGGCUGACAGAUGACCUCCCGGGCCUCCAGGCGUUAGCAGACCUCCUAGCCAGUGAACAUGCUCAUGUGUGGCUCCUGUCCCUGGUGGGCUCUGUUGCUGUGGGCCUCAGUGGGGUCUUCCCCCUGCUUGUCAUUCCCAUUGAAGCUGGUGCAGCCCUCAAAACAGAAGCUGGGUGCCAGAAGCUGAAGCAGCUCCUGAGCUUUGCUAUUGGUGGUCUCCUCGGUGAUGUGUUCCUUCACCUCCUUCCUGAGGCGUGGGCGCUCUCUGGCUCUUCAGCUGGUAAACAAAACCACUACACCACCCAGGGCUUGUGGGUAAUCAUCGGUCUGCUGGCCUUUCUGCUCCUGGAGAAGAUGUUUCCAGACCAGGACGGCGCUGAGGAUCCCGCUUCAGAGUCAGACCUAAACUUUAACUCGGCUACGCAGGCUAAUUCAGUUUUCGGUGGGAAGCCAGUGGUGCCGCUCAGAAACGGGCACCACGCUGAGUCAUGGAAAUCCUCCAAGCAACAGAGUCUGCAGGAAAGAUCAGAGAAAAUCAAGACCAGCGGGUACCUGAACCUGCUGGCUAACUGCAUCGACAACUUCACUCAUGGACUGGCAGUAGCUGGGAGCUUCUUGGUCAGCAAGAAGGUUGGCUUUCUCACCACCUUCGCCAUCCUGCUCCACGAAAUCCCCCAUGAGGUGGGAGACUUUGCCAUUCUGCUGCGGGCCGGGUUCGAUCGAUGGAGUGCUGCUCGCAUGCAGCUGUCUACGGCGCUGGUCGGGGUUCUGGGAGCCUGCUUCGCUCUGUGCGCUCAGUCACCAAAAGGCUCAGAGAACGUCAGCAGCUGGAUAUUGCCGUUCACUUCUGGAGGCUUCCUCUACAUCGCCCUGGUGAACGUGGUGCCCGACCUGCUGGAGGAGUCCAGUUUAAGGCACUCCCUGCUGCAGAUCCUGCUCAUCUUCUGUGGCGUGGCUACCAUGGCGCUGCUCUCUGCCAUCGUCGACUGAACGUGGACGACGUGGCCUCUUGCCUUACAAACACGAGCACUCAGCAGUGGGAAGGAACCGUGUUCUCCACCAGAACCCUCAUUGUUCAUGAAAACAUGCUCUUGAUUCGGUGGUUUUCAGAGAUCUCUGGUACCAUCAUCUCCAUUUGACACAAACAUCUGACAGAAUAACGGCGCUUUAAGGAGGGACGACUACCGGACCACCUCCCUGAUGCGUCGCUGUGGACACUAGCAUGUGCCGUACUUUAGUAUAAAGGGGGAAUUAAAAGGGUUUGUAUGGAUUUCUGUUACCAAAUUGUAUUUGUCGAUCAGACAAUCAUGAUGAUUUGCACAUGUAUGUACAGGUACACCUGCAGUACCUGCUCAGAGCAGUAAUAAUAGAACCGUGUCUCAUGGCAACAGGUGACGCUGGGCCUGUAGCAGGACCCCCUUCUUCACCGUGUACUCCAUUGUUUAAUGUCGUUUGUAUUGUUAGCGUUGUGCGUCUUCUGUUCCUGAUGUGGCUGCUGCGUAUUUAUUGAAAAAUGAGAACAGUUUGAUCAGACGUGACCCACGGCCAUGCCAGCAGUUUGUCUCGUUAGGAAAUAAGUGCCCAGAAGCAGCAGGGUCUGUCCAGCUCGCGUCGGCUCCACACCAAAGCUCAUCGUCUGUCCGUCUGUCCCUCUGCACCUGGUGAGCACACCUGGGUGCUCCUGCGACUCUUUGCUUGAGUAAAUAAUUGUGAUUAAGUUGAAAUUAAUUAGAAGAAAACAACAAGAAGAACUGGUACUGUUUGUCAGCAUUCUGUUUUCACUUCAUACUCGUUGCUACUCGUCUUAGUCCAGACCAGAGACCUUCUAGAACGUUCACCGUGCAGUAUUCUGUCAGUAGGUCAUGUCUGUCCAUGCUCCUCUUGGUCAACUUUUCUGAGCUGAAUAAAUAAAGUAUACAUUUCAGACAGCUGUAGAAA